AUGGCCAUGUUAGCUUCCAAGUCGCCCUUCCCGGCGCCCAUGGUGUCGAAUUCGUCGAAUCUCUCCGCAUCAUCCGCACAAACUGCUAUCCAGUCGAGUCGACGAGUACCCGCCAUGAUGAAUGCGAAUCAAUCCUUCGCCAGCCCGACAGAGUCCGAAUUCUCCGACGUCGAGGGCCCAGAGUCAGCAAAGAAUUGGGAUGAGGAACGUGUAUGUGAUUGGUUAAAUAGUGUCAACUGCGGAGAGUACGAGAAACUAUUUCGAAAGAACAACAUCAAUGGAGAGAAUUUGUUGGAGAUGGACAAGGCUGUAUUGCAGGAGAUGGGCAUCGACAAGAUUGGAGAUCGCGUGCGCCUAUUCCUGAAUAUCAAAAAGCUCAGGACAAAGGCGUACGCGAACCAAAAGAAGCGGAAUAGGGACUCCUUUGCUGGUCUCGAUGCCUAUACUCCAUCGUCGUCAGGCUCCCCACGACCUCCCAAUGGCACUCGAGCCAUGCCCACCAAUAAAAGAUUCUCUCGACAAUUCGAAAGUUUCAAUCCCCCUACAGCCAUUCCCGAAAAUCUUAGUAAACCUCCUUCACGACCAAGUUCUCCCCUAGCAUCAUCAGAACCUCGAGGCUUAAGACAGAGACAUGGUGUUAUGAGUCCAGCUGAAAUAUCGAGACGUGAAGCUGGACAAGGAUAUUUCAAUGGUAUGAGCAUUCCAUCGAGUGCUGCUACUGUCAGCGGUAGAAGACCUGGUACACCCAGCGGGAGCCAAACUCCCCAGACGGCCCGUCCCAUGCACCAUAUUCGUGGGAAUGGGAGUAUCGAUGGCUCUCUUAUGGCACAGCUACCACAGAAUCAGGAUAUCAUCAGAGUGAUAUCAUCAGGAGGGGUCACAAAAGUUGUCCGCGUUGCCGACUGCAAUUCUUGUGAUGAGGUGAUGCGAGUAACACUGAGGAAGUUUGGGUACAGAGAGGACCAUGACAGGAAUUACUGCUUCUGGGUUCUGGCUGGUGUUGAUGCCGACCCCAGUCUAUGUCGGCGGUUGCCUGAGAAUGAGCUAUGGCGUAUUAUCAAAGACCAGAAGAGACCGGAACGCAAUCGAUUGAUAUUGCGGAAGAUCCACCAAGGCGAGCCAGGCGAGGCCGAACUACAACGUGCUGCAGGUAUCGCCAUGGAAGAAGCCGCUGCGAACCAUCAUCGAGCUCUUGAAAAUGUUGACAAGCGGAGUCAGUUGAAGGUUCAGAAGGUUCUCGGAGAGAGCUGGAACGAUGGACUACAGCAUCCUUUAUCGCCGGCCUCCUUCGUAUCAACGAGCUCAGCUGUGUCCGCUGGAGAGCGUGCAGCAAAUGUCAACAACGCCGCAAGAGACCUUGAACGACCCCCUUCGGUUGAACGACCGAGGGAUACUGCCAGACAUAAGGCAGGAAAGAAUGGGGUUCUUCGACAAUUCUUUGGCCAAAGGCCUCCGAGUGAAUUGAUUACUUCAGACUUGACAACAUAUUUCCCAGAUCAUCCUCGGGAAGAGAUCGACCGUACUGCACGAUUAUCUUUACGGAGAUCAACUCGACUCAGUAAGGUCAACAGCCGCCUCAGCGUCGCCAGCAACUUGAGCUUUGCCUCUAGCGUUGCUGAUGCCCCACCAAUGCCCACCAUCGCAGACACAUGGCUUAGUGGUAACAGUCAACUUGCGAAGGUUAGACCUCUGGAUCUAUCACGAGGCAACAGUAACCGUUAUCGGGAUUCUGUUGCAUCAUCCAUGCUUGAACGUGUCCAAGAGGAAUCUCCAACAGAGCCGAACAGGAAAUCUUACGUCUCUUUUGACAGUGGAUCUGACACGGCGACCAAUGUCAAUGUUACCGACCCGGAUGGAAACAUAAUCCAAAAUAGCUACUUCGAAGACGGGAGCACCGAAAAUGGUUCUUUGAGGGACAUCACCCAAGCCCUGAAUGAUGAUGGAGAGGAUGAGGACGAGGAGCUUCAAAGUUUCUUGGCUGGAGAUUCUUGGGACGACAGCAAAUGGAUGAAAGGAGCUCUCAUCGGUCAAGGCUCUUUCGGAAGUGUGUAUCUAGCACUACAUGCUGUCACUGGCGAGCUUUUGGCAGUGAAGCAAGUUGAAGCGCCAUCCCCCGGAGCCACUAGUGCCAACGAUGCUAGGAAGAAGAGCAUGAUCGAUGCUCUGAAACGAGAAAUCAGUCUACUCAGAGACCUUCAGCAUCCCAACAUUGUGCAGUACCUUGGAGCCAGCUCUUCAGCCGAACAUCUCAACAUUUUCCUCGAAUACGUGCCUGGUGGUUCGGUUCAAACUAUGUUAAACUCAUAUGGAGCACUCCGAGAACCACUUAUCCGGAACUUCGUACGCCAAAUCGUCACUGGUCUUGCAUACCUUCAUGGUCGGGAAAUCAUCCAUCGCGACAUCAAAGGUGCCAAUAUUCUCGUCGACAACAAGGGUGGCAUCAAGAUAUCGGAUUUCGGUAUCUCCAAGAAGAUCGAGGCUUCCAAUCUUCUGAACGGCGCAGGCAACAACAAGAACCGCCCUUCACUACAAGGUUCAGUCUUCUGGAUGGCUCCUGAAGUCGUCAAACAGACUUCAUACACUCGCAAGGCUGAUAUUUGGUCCCUCGGCUGUCUAGUCGUUGAGAUGAUGACGGGUACACAUCCUUUCCCUGACUGCUCUCAACUACAAGCCAUUUUCAAAAUCGGUGGAGCUAAGAUCAGUCCAACGAUCCCUGACCACGCUAGUGAGGAAGCCAAGACUUUCCUCAAGACCGCUUUCGAGGUUGAACAUACGAAACGACCGAGUGCUGAGGAGCUACUCCUCAGCCCGUUCUUGAAUCCCAUGACUUGA